ACCUGUUUUCGAGGUGGGUGUUUUUUAGUUGCGCGUGAACCAUGGCAGAGAAGCUGUAUACUACAUUGUUCAGUUAAGUUUAGUUCUUAGUGUACAAUCAAGUAAUAAACUCAACAAAAUGUCGACCCUCUUGAAGUGGGCCCAGAACACACAAGGCAAACUGAACAGUAAAAAUUCGAACGGUACCAGCGGAGAACGCAAAUGGAUUCACCCACCUGAAGCACUCCAAAAAGGACAUAUAGCGUAUCUUGUCAAAUUCCUAGGUAACACAGUUGUAGAUCAACCAAAAGGUAUAGAAGUAGUGAAGGAGGGAAUAAGAAAACUGAGAUUUACCCAACAAUUGCGAAAAAGCGAAACCGGUGCCAAAACUAGAAAAGUCGAACUGACCAUCAGUAUAGACGGAGUGGCCAUUCAGGAACCUAGAACCCAUGUUAUCUUACACCAGUUUCCGUUACACAGGAUAUCCUACUGCGCAGACGAUAAAGGAGAAAAGAAGUUCUUCUCUUUUAUUGCCAAACAACCAAACCAAGUGGACAAUGAAGCAGAAGAAAAACACGAGUGUUUUGUUUUCAUAUCGGACAAACUCGCUGAAGAAAUCACUUUAACGAUAGGGCAAGCAUUUGAAUUAGCAUACAAAAGAUUCUUAGAGACUUCAGGAAAAGAUCUAGAGUCGCAAAGGAGAGCCAUGAUAACUCAGCAAAAAAUUAAACGAUUGGAACAGGAAAAUAAUAUUUAUAAACAACGACUUUUGGACAUUUCGCACUUUAGUAACAUCCGACCAGAGCUGGAUCAGUACUUGAAAAAACACGAAAUUAAAAACAUCUUGGAAGUUCCCCUUUCAACUAGUGUUAGUUCCAGUGACAGUUUGGAACCAGUGAAUGGAACCACGAAAAAACUGUUAGAUUUUAGUUCAGACAAUACAAAUGGAAACGCACCACCUAUUCCCCCUCGUGCUUUCGAAAACACGCCCUCUGUAGGAACAAAACUGGAAGGACUGCUUUUGAACGAAUUUGACCAAGAUAAUGAUUUCAAUCCACGUUCAUUUGAAAAUAAUCACACAAAUGCUUUUACUAAUAUCAAUGGAAAUGCAACAAAUCCUCCUUUAAUUGCGCCACCUCCAAAAGCGGCCAGAAGAACUAAUGUUAAUAAUAAUAAUGAAACUAAUGCUACUAAGACGAUGGGACAGGACUUGUUUGGAGCGGGCCCAUUUGGUCCCCAGACGACAAUAUCGACAGUGUCGUCAACCAAUAACGGAAACAAUGAUAAAACUUUUGAUCCUUUCGAAAUGGGGGAUUUUAGUUCAGCCGCCACGUCACAGGAUAUUGAAAAUGCCAUUGGAUUAUUAGAUAAAAGGAUUCUGGAAAUGAAGACCGGUUUCAGUCGUGGCAUCAGCUUUGGAAACGACGAUUUUUCCCUGGAGAGCUUAGACCCCUUGAGAAAUUAGCUUUACUGUGUAAAUUAUUAUAAAUAGAAAUUAUUUGUCAUAUUGGCAAGUCAUCUUCAUCGUGAUGAAUCUCUAGAUCAAAAAUCGAAUAUUUUAUUUUGUAUUAUAAUUAGGCUGUAUUUGUUGUUCCAAGUAUUAUGAAGAUGUAUAUCUGUUUAAAGUAACACUAUAUUUUGUUAUAAAAUUUAUAAUAUUAUUAUAUUUUGAAUACAAGUAUUAUUGGUAAUUGGAUAA